ACACGGACACGAGCUGGGCCAUCGUUUUCUCCUAGAACCCUUGUUUUCGAGUACAGAGACUGAAAUUAGACUCUCACAGCUACCACACAGCAAUUUAUCACAAAUUCACCUUGCGCGUACUGUCGGCUCUGGACACGCUUGCCAGUGCCGGACCCCCCCCCCCCCCCCGAUACCCACCGCAAGCCGGGAUCCAUCCCGACAACCUAGGACGCGGUCGCAUCCUUUUCUUCAAGCCUCUAGGGAUCGCUCGGAAUGCUGUCCGCUCUGCGUCACCUGGCUCGCCUGGGCGCCAGCGCUGCGGGGCCCUUGCGCAGCAUGGCCCUGGGCAGCGGCACUGUGGCGGUGGCUGCUGCGGCUGCGGAGGCGGAGCGCCGCCGCCAGGAGAUGCUUGGAUCGCAGCAAGAGGCUCCGCUUGCCUUGGACAGCUCCUUUCAGAUGCAUCAGAUGGACAAUUUGGUAUGAUGUUUGUGGUAUUGUCAACUGGUUGCAGCUCUGGCAGUACAAGGCUCGACAUUUGCACUGCAUUCCCGUUGGCAAAUCCUCGACUGGUCAUUGGGUCACUGGCCCCUGUUUGGACGCUGAUAGACGGUGUGCCAUCAAGCAUCCUUUUUUUCCAUUCCACGCCCGUUUCAAUAACGUUUGCUGGUAUUGCUUUUACUUGGGCUUGCGCUUGUGGCUUGACGUCAAGGACGGCACAUACUGCUCCGGUUGAAUGUGCUCAGCCCAAGAUGGGCGCUGCAGGUGCUGACAGCCCCCGUACGGCGGUGGCCCCACUUCCAUGGCGUUUGCGUAAUAAUUGCCGGGGUGCACAAUUAGCUCACAAGCUUAAUUGGAUGGCUGGCUUGAGCCCGCGUGCGCAAAUGCGACAUGGCCUUGCAGAUAUUGCAGUGACAGUGCUGAAACCAACACCUGGCAGCAAUGCCGUUUUGUUUUCUGUACUACGGUACUUCAUAUGGUUUUCAGGUUACAUUAAUUUGCGCCUUUAGCUGCGCGUGCUUCGCCAAACCCACAGGUACUUGGCCACACACUGCUUAUUUUGGUUUCUUGAGUUUUGUGUUAUGAGGACCUGGGCGCGGUCCAUGCUGCCGUGGGCCACCGCCAUUGCCGGCCAAGCAAGCUGAAAUUGUUCCUGUUGAGUACAGUGGCGCACGCGUGGGUGGGCUCGUGUGCUGCCUGCCCGUUUCUCAAAGCGCUUUGAUGGUCUCCUGGAGGAGAGCACGGUUGUUGGUGAUAAGGUCUGGGCUUGGGCGCUUUGGAUUGCCAAUAGCAAUUGGGCUGCUCGAGCAGGGUUAAUGCUGUGUUUUGAGGGCUGCGUGCCAUGCUUCAUCCACUGCGCCUGGCAGGCACCGGUAGCACCGGUAUGGCCGGGUGUAGUGCGGCGGUAGGUGAACGGCAUGCAAUGGCGGCCGGGUUGUGUUCUCGGGAAGAAACGGGGCCGUAUUGCACGACAGAGCGUAAAGUUAAGACCCAUCCGUGUAACCAAUAAUCAACUGAAGGACUCGUCCAUGUGGGGUGGUGAGAACAUACGGGUGCCGAGAACUGCUUGUGGCAUUCUGCACAGACGCUGAUGCCAGCUACAUACUGAUUUCGGGGUCCUGGACGGUUGCCGAGGACCAGUUGAAUCCGAUGGGACAGGGUAAGGGGCAGAAUGGCGUAGUGUGCCGCGUGUUCCCAGACCGUAACAUUCAACUUGCAACGCCAAGGCAUGAGUGCGCGGCUCGUGUAUUCCCCAGACCGUAACAUUCAACUUGCAACGCCAAGGCAUGAGUGCGCGGCUCGGAGUUACUGUACCAAGACAUUGCUGACUUGCUGGCAGGCUGGAACGUCAAUGGGGGGGGGGGGACUGUGCGCGUUCGGUGGUACAUGGGAGACAGGAGGGACAGUCCGUUUUGAUGGAUGGGAGGGGACGUUCAUAAUAUGCUGACGCGCAUUCCUCACGCUCCGGGCGCCCGGCCAGGCGAAAGCACCACACAGACAGUAUGCGACGCUGAGUGGUAGCGCACCUGCAAUCAGGCGACCGACGUCCACGGAUGAGCACUGAUGAAAGACAACCUCGUAAUGCGAGCAGCGUGCAGCAAAGCAAUGGCCGGGCGACAGUGUGGCAAGCAAGGGCAAGAACAGGGCGCGGCAAGGCAGAAGAGGGAGCCUGAAUUGUGCC